AUGAAUUUCAAGGGAGAUGUCCCAACUUGGAUUGGAGCUAUGACAUCACUUGUAUCAGGUCACCUGACCCGAGACGCGAAAUCUAGCGCUCAGGCGUCUAUCUGUCCCAAACAGGAAAUUUGGAGCGCGGAACGCAGGCGAGAGGACGACGACGUAGAAGUAUCUGGAUUAUCGCUAUAUAGAAAAAGCCUGGGCCACUUGUUUACAUCAAAGGCCUCUUCUCCCGGCUCCGCGAUCAUGCCCUACCAACCUCCGCAUGGUGGUCAAAACCCCCUCUACCCUCACCAUUCACCACCGUUCCAAGCGAAACAGGAACCCCGAAUACCUCCACAGCAUCAACAUGAUUUUGGCCCAAAUACUGCCUAUCCAGCGUAUCACAAGCCUCCCGUCCACCCCCAGGUCAUCUUACCCACGUCUACCUACAUACCACAGCAAUAUUCACCCCAUCCGCAACAGCAACCACUGAACCAACCUCCAAAUUAUGCACCUCGACCUAUCCAAGCUCGCCCUCCACCCUCCGCCAACAAUGCGCCUCUUCACUAUGGCGGAGCUCCACCCCCGCAAUACUAUCCCGCCCAAAAUCUGCCCGAAACAUAUCCGUCACCGCAGCCAUUUUCCGCUCAACAACCUCCACUAUCACAGUCACAACUACAACCUCAACCCCCGUCCUAUUCUCCACCUCCCCAUACGUAUCCUCAGGUGGUUAUACCUCAUCAGCCCGUUUUACAUCAACAUAGGGCAGUUAGCGCUGCCCAACAACGCAGCACGUCAGUACCGAAAUCUCAACCCAAAAAAUCACAAUCCCUAAAACACAUGCGUUCUAAAUCCCCGGUUAAGAUGACACAGCCUCAACUGCUCCCCGCGGCCCCUGGGAAGCCGGCAAUUGAUUCUCAUGUGCUACUCUUGUCACUAGCAGAUGAGUAUAUUGAUGCAGCGCACAGUCAGGGAACGGCACUGGCAGUUGCGCGGGAAGAGGCUGAGACAGAUGAAUAUUAUAAGCUGAUCGCGACGGGAUUGGCAUGUCUGGAAGCGGUGCUGAAGAACUCGAAAUUACCACCGCGAACGGAAGCCCUGGUGCGACUACGGUAUGCCCGAAUACUGUACGAAGAAACAGAGAAUGACUCCGAAGCGGAGACUGCACUUAGUAAAGGGGUUGAUUUAUGUGAAAGGAACCGAAUGUACGAUUUGAAAUAUUGUAUGCAGCAACUCCUAGCCCGCAUAUUGUAUAAAUCCAAUCCAAGGGCGGCAAUGAAACACGUGGAUGGAGUUAUCCGUGACGUUGAGGGCUAUCGUCAUACUGCUUGGGAGUAUGCAUUCCGCUUACUUCGAGUGACCCUCUCACUUUCAUCCCCAGCACAGCAAGAUACUGCAGCGGCGUUACAAAACCUACAGAAAGUAUCCUCUCUCGCUAGUCGCAACGGUGACAAGGCUAUUUUUGUUGUUUCGGCAGUAAUCGAAGCUUUGGUACGCCUGCAGCAUUCGUCAGGCCAUGAUUCGAUUGAGCAGGCACAGCGUGCCUUAGCUACUGCUAGGAGCUACCAGCUCGACAACAAGGUGCUCGACAUCCCACAAAUAAGCACAAUGAUUCAGAUGAUGGAUAUCUGCUGUAGCCUGCUCGAGUAUGACGUGAAGCAAUCAUCAGAAAAGCUUCAGAUAAUGCAGAAAGUAAUGGAUCAGAAGAUUGAUGAUCCUCACUGGCAAAAUGAUGGGAGCUUUUCAGUACCCCUCAGUCAUAAAACUAUAUCACCCUCAGCCGUGGAGCCAACAGAUAUACUACGAGUCGAGAAUGGAAAUGUAUUAUUGACCCUGCGCUGGCUUCCUGAGCAUGAUCUUUACGCUCUUUGCUAUUUCUUGAGCUCAGUUACUCUGACUGCGAAGAAUUCGCAUGACGGGCAUAAGGCUGAGAAGUAUCUUAGCGAGGGCUUAAAUAUGAUACGGGGUAACUUUAAAAGCCCACAGGAAAUUCCCGAAUCCUUAGCAUACGCUACUACAAGGAUUGCAUGGCGACGGUCUUUAUAUUGCAAUAUGCUCUUGCAAUUAAUCUUCCUUGCUUGCGCCCGAACAGAUUGGGCGCUGGCUCGUCGGACACUAAAAGAGUUAAAGUCAACCGUCUCCGAGUUAGAAGGUAAAAUAGAUGAAACAACCACGUGCCUCAUGGAGUAUGCAAGCGGCAUCAUAUCCCAGGGAACAGGCGAUCUGAAGACGGCACUCGCAACAUUCCAACUACCUAUCUUUGCCCUUAACCACUCUAUCAGUAAAUCUUCCCGCAACGACCCUCGCCGGGAUACAGCCAUUCUCGCUGCUCUCAAUUCUGCACUUAUAUUACGCGAUCCAUCCCGCCCCUCUCACUCCCACUCCGCCGCCUCCAAAGUACUUUCUACAAUCGAACCAUACUGCCGCACCAGCCCUAACAGAUACAUCCAAGCUGCCUAUUUCCUAAUCUCAGCAACAACGCACACUGAAUCCACAAUCCAAACCAAACACGAUUUACAUCAUUCUCUCCAAGCUGCCAUAGCAAUCGGUAACAGUCAGGUAACCUGUAUUGCACUUACAUUCAUGAGCUGGAAAUACUUCCGCGGCGUCGUCGGCGAACAAUCGGAGAAAAGCGCUAGGGCCGCGAGAGCAAUGGCGGGAAAGGCAGAUGACAAAUUGUGGAUUAGCGUGACGGGGGAUCUAUUGGCGGCCACGCUGGACUCUCAAGGGAAAUCGAGAGAGGCUCAUGCCACUCGUGAGCAAGCAGAUGUUGCGCUGCUGGGAUUGCCGCCUGUGCUGAAGAAGAUGAAAUCGGGUAAUAGCAAUCACUCUCAUAGUCAGGGUGGCAGUAGUGCGGGACGGUCGUCGUCGGAAAUGACCAUGAAGGCAGUAGAGAUUUGA